GUGCGAACGAGAUCCUAACGCGUGGUCACGACUUAGCAAGCCGUGAUCUCUUUUCCACACCUUACUAAGUCAUGGCCACGACUUAAUCAUCUCAUUCCCAUGCCUUACUAAGUCGUGGCCACACAUUAGGAUCUCGUUCCUAUGCGUUAAUAAGCCGUGGCUACACAUUAUUUUUUAUUAAUACAGGAUGUCACCAGCAGGGCUCCGUACAUUUUGACCUUUUGCCAAUAUAAUUUAAUACGAACUUUGCAUAGACCUAUCCUGGUAUUAUGGGCCCUUGAAGGCUAAAAUGGAGAUUACUACACUCUAAAAAAGAUGGUUCUUCCAGGGUUCUCUUUAGAACAUUUCCAUGCUCAAGUGGUUCUUUGCAUGGUGAAAUUUUUCUUCACAGAGAGUGUGUUGUAUAUGUUUGUGUACUGAGCUUUUUGAAAGUGGUUCUAUAUAGCUAUGCUAUAUCUAUCGCUAUAAUGUCCAUCUUGCAGCAAUAAAAGAAGAGUUUUUUUGUGCAAUAUGUAACCAUUUAAAAAAAACACAUUCUCCAUCAAUCUGAAGAACCCCUUGACAAUUCAAAGAACCAUUUAAGCCAAGUAGAGCUCAUGAUUGCAACUAGAACCUGCCUCUUUGCUAAAGAACCCUUGUAGAACCAUCUUUUUUAAGAGCGUAGGAUAUUUCCAGCAAACUGGGUAAGAGAAGUCAAAGUGGAAGACAUACAGAGGCUUGUCUGUGUUACAUGAGUUUACUAUUAAAGAUGUCAUUGGCUUCCAGUAAUUUAAAGUAGUUGAAAUGUUGGCUACUCAUACACAAGUAGUUAGAAACUGAAUAAGAGAUCUAUGAAAUUCCCCAUUUAGAAUAUAUUUAAAUUGGAUUGUGUCAAAACUUGAACAUUCUUGAACUUGAACAUCUGAACAUUUACAAAACUCUCCCAUGUCCGCUCGGGUUUUCUAUGGGAGAAGCUAAAUUGCCCCGAGGUGUGAUUGUGUGUGAUUGUAUAUCUCUGUGUGCCUGCCCUGUGAUGGACUGGUGACCUGUCCAGUGUAUUUCCUGCCUUCUGCUCAGUGACCAGUGGGACAGGCUCCAGCACCACCUGUGAUGACUCAGGAGGAUGAGCAGUUUAGAUAAUGUGUGUGUGUGUGUAUGAGCAAGUCAAAAUGGUAAGUUUUUUUUUCUUUCUUCAUCAUUUAAGCUCAGCAAUGGCCCUGUGUACACUGUGCUCAUCUCACGAUGAGUGGACCAAUAGAAAUGCUCCAAACGUGCUUGAAAUAAAAUCUCUUUACAUUGACUUACAUUAAAAGUUAAGAACAUUUUCCUCUCCUCCAAAGUUGUCCUCUCCUGCUGUAAAGUUACCAUUUUAGACAUGCUUGUUUUGCUUCGUACAACGAUGACAAAUAUUAAUAACAUGCAAUCUGUGUUAGUCACUGAAAAGGAGGCAGUGAAUAAAUGUUUAGGUUGACAGCAGAGAAAAGUUAGUGUCAAAGCAACGAGUAGUGAAAGUCUUUAUGAAGACAACAGUGUGAAAUGAAAAUGGUGAAACAUGAGACAGUCAAAGGAAAUGGCAAAAGCAAGUAACUCGAGAACUGAGAAAUGAGAAAGACAUCACUUGUAUCAAAGUCUAAGUGAAAAAACAGGACUUUUGGCAAAUGAGCUGUUGGCCAAUGACCUUACAGAGGACCUCACAGAGGAUCCUACAGAGAAAAAAUCAGCGCAGAAAAAUUGAUCUUGAACCUUUUUGUAACUUCAGUUACUGGUUGAGUAGUGAAAGAUAUUGCAGGCCAGUUUAGCUUUGAAUCCAAAGAUGCUGGUUCAGUUUGACGUGACUCAAAAUGUUCAGUCCCUGUCUGACACGCUAGAGAAACUCCUUGAUCCAGAGCCGGUUAUAGCUGAGCUGCAAGAUCCUGCGUUGAUCUGUCAAAUGAUAUCAUAUGUUCAGCUUGUUUAUUCAAAGACAAUAUAUUUAUAUGUGCUUUUAAAUACAUAAAUAAAACACAUUUUCUUCUUUUUUGUGAACCUAUAUGUUAGACAAAAAAUACGAGUAGAAAAACGAAAUGAAACUUCGGUAAACACCGUAACUGUAGGCCUAACGUUACUAUUGUAUGGGUUGUUUACACACGACGAUUCAGGCUUUACUAGUAGUGAUUAUAUUCAUAUAGUAAAUUUCACGUUUUUAUUAGUAUAAAUAACACUGAUUUGUUCUAACGGAUAUGAUGAUACGAUGUUAAACGCUGCAGAUUUACAGCUAAAACAGUUUUUAUGAAGAGUUUUUUUUUUCUCCACAGACGCUUGGCCGUCGCGUCAUCAGUGUGCGCCCGUUUGAACGAGACUAAGCGGGACUUUUCCCGUUGAAUGGAGGAGCAUCGCGUCUGAAAGGUAGCGGGUUUGUACUGAACCGGUUCUGUGGUGGUCCGGACCUGCGCGGAGUGCUCUGAAAUGAUCGAUAUGAUUGAAAAAGAAGACAACGUCAUCAGCGAGGAGGAAGCGGCCCAGUAUGACCGGCAGAUUCGGCUCUGGGGUCUGGAGGCACAAAAGAGACUCAGGGGGUCUCGAGUACUUCUGGUUGGACUGAGAGGUCUGGGUGCUGAAGUGGCAAAAAACCUUAUCCUGGCUGGAGUGAAAGGGCUCACUCUUCUGGAUCAUGAACAGGUUACCGAGGAGUCCAGAAGAGCUCAGUUCCUCAUCCCAGUGGAUGCAGAUGGUCAAAAUCAGGCUCAGGCUUCUCUAGAACGGGCCCAGUUCCUCAACCCAAUGGUGGAAGUGAAGGCCGAUACAGAUCAAGUAGAGACCAAGUCUGAUGACUUCUUUCUUCAGUUUGAUGCAGUUUGUCUGACAGGGUGCUCUAGAGACCUCAUGGUGCGUGUGGAUCAGCUCUGUGCCUCCAAAAACAUUAAAGUCUUCUGUGGGGACAUCUUUGGUUACCAUGGAUACAUGUUCUCUGACCUGGGCCAGGAGCAUCAUUAUGUGGAAGAGAAAGCAAAGGUGGUAAAACCAUCAGAGCAGGCUAAUGAUGGUCCUGAAGUGAAGAAGCCCAAAAUUGAUCUUAAUGAGACCACCAUGGUGAAAAAGACGGCCAGUUUCUGCUCUCUCAAAGAGGCUUUGGAGAUAGACUGGACAAGUGAUGAUUCCAAAGCCCGUCUGAAACGCACCCCUCCAGAGUACUUUUUACUGCAAGUGCUGCUUAAAUUCCGUACAGAUAAAGGUCGCAAUCCUGACCCAUGCAGCUUUGCUGAGGACUCGCUCCUGCUCCUACAGAUCCGUGAUGAUGUUCUGGAGGCUAUGGGAGUAAAUCCAGAGCUGCUGCCGGACAGCUUUGUCAGCUACUGCUUUUCAGAGAUGGCUCCAGUGUGUGCUGUGGUGGGAGGAGUACUUGGUCAGGAGAUAGUCAAGGCGCUGUCCCAGAGAGAUGCCCCACACAGGAACUUCUUCUUCUUUGAUGGUCUGAAGGGCAGUGGGGUGGUGGAUUACUUUGGAGCCAAAUAACCAUAAAGACCAAGAGACAGGUUUUUGAGAUGCAGGCACUCAGCCCCUCCAAAGCACCAUGGGAAACGGAGUCCUUUUUACUGCUACAAGGAGCAAAAAAUGUUGGCUUUUUUGGACUUUUGAAGCAGUUAGCAAUCCUUUGCUGCCAGAAGGAAGCUUGGGCAACUUGUCAGUUUUUUGUUCAUGUACACGUCAGACACUCACUUUGUUUCUGUCUACAGUUGUGACUAGAUGGUCAAUAAGUUGCAUGGAAACAUUUUUGCUUUUACAUUUUGUAAUUAAAAGAUAAAAAAAAAAACAAUUGUUUUGGCAAUAAAUGUGAAAUGAAGAGGGCAAAGUUUAGGGCAAAGUUUAGGAAGCUGCUAUCUCUCCUGCAUACUAGUACGUAAAUAGUUUAUUCCAUGGGGGGGAAUUGUGGAUGGCAUGUCACGGAAGCCAAUGGGGAGAAAAAAACGUAAAGCCUAAGGGAUUUUCAUCAGGUUGUUUGUAUGAAGAAGACUUGGUUGGUAACUCGUUCAUGACCUUGCCUGAGGUAUAUGCAAUGACGUAGAUUGGCCCAGCAUGCAUGGUGACUCAUAAGGGAACCAAGAAAAAUAUUAAUGUCUUGAUUGGGAAGCUUUUGUUCAGCUGGUGGAUCCCGCCUGUCCAGUCAGACUUGCAGGAAUUCCAAACGCUGCAAGUUAUGUGCUGGUGUACAUGAGACGAGUACAUCUUUUAUUACGUUGUUUUGAAUAAUAAGCUUAAGACAUUAUGAUAUCUGAAUUGCUAGAAUCUGUCAGAGAUAUGCAAAGUGAGUACGUUAGUAGACGGAAAUUAGUUUUUGAGUGCCUGUAAGGAUGUUAGACUAUCAACCAGACUAGCGUUUACUCUUCCCAGCUUUAGAAAUCUUGUUAGACCGGCUAGACAGGUGCCAAGGGGGUGUGACCCUAGACACAACUGUUUCUCUCAGGUCGAGACACUUGAGGGAAAUGCUGGCAGAGGUAGCACAGACAGCGGAAAACAAACUGUUUAAUGUUGCAGGGUCAACUGUUUUACUCCACCUAGAGAUAUUUUGGCUGGAGCAGGGCUGCUGAAAGCAGGCCCAUGAGGACUUUUAAUUUGGCCUGCCAGAAAGCUACCCUAACCCCAACCCCCAUUCUGUGAAAGAACAAACAUAUUUUUAAACUAUCAUGAUCUGAGGUGGGUAGAGUAGCCAAAACCCAUACUCAAGUAAAAGUAUUGUUUAUGUAAAAUUAUAGUGAAAGUAAAAGUACCUUUCUAAAAACAACUUGAGUAUAUUACAAUAAUGUCAGAUCAAAGAAAUCCUUCCAAAGAAAGUCCUUCUCGGUUCUUGCCAGAUGAACUGCAAUUAAACUAUUGCUCUCUCUUUCUCUCUCCGAUGUACUGUUUGUCUAAAAUAAAAUGCUAAACCUCAAAUGUAAGAGAUGAGAUGUGACCAAUCAGAACCAGUCCUUCACAACCAGUACUGAUGUGGUCAUCGACAUGACAAAAGUAAUUAAACGUUAAUGACUAAAAUGCAA